AUGGACAUCCCACUGAGAAGCACUAGGAAGUACCUUUUCAAAAAAACAGACCUGUUGAGAUUAAGGGAGCUAGCAUCUUUAGUAAGUGAUCCAGUUGAUUUUCAAGCUCAUCAUGGGAAGUUGCUCAGAAUUCUUAGAGUAGAUGUUGAGGAAGGAUGCCUAGAGACCCUGGUUCAGUUCUAUGACCCGCUCUACCAUUGCUUCACAUUUCCCGAUUACCAGCUUGUCCCCACACUUGAAGAGUACUCCUACCUAGUGGGUUUACCUGUGCCAGACAAGAUACCUUUCCAUGGUUUUGAGCCUACCCCUAAACCCUCUGACAUCGCAGCCGCCCUCCAUCUUAAAACCUCCAUCAUCCAAGCAAACCUUACCUCUAAAGGAGGCCUCCAAGGUCUUCCCACCCACUUCCUCUACCAACAAGCCUCCAUAUUUGCUGAAGCAGCUAGUAUACUUGCCUUCCAUUCUAUCCUAGCCCUCCUUAUAUAUGGCCUUUUACUCUUCCCAAAUGUUGACAACUUCAUCGAUAUCAAUGCCAUUAAAAUCUUUCUUACAAAGAACCCCGUACCCACUCUACUCGCCGAUACCUACCAUUCUAUCCAUGACCGUACCCAGGCUGGCCGGGGAACCAUUUCUUGUUGUGCACCUUUACUCUAUCAGUGGUUUACCUUCCACUUACCUCAAUCCCGUGCCUUCAAGACCAAUGAUGACAAGCUUUCCUGGCCUCGUCGAAUCAUGACUCUUGACCCAUCUGACAUUGUUUGGUACCAAGCAGCUAGUGAUGUUGGAGAGAUUAUUGUGAGUUGUGGUGAAUAUCCCAACGUACCUCUUUUGGGUAUGCGUGGCGGAAUUAGCUACAACCCACUCCUCGCUCGACGACAAUUCGGGUACCCGAUAAAGACAAAACCAAAUAACCUUGCCUUGACUAAUGAAUUCUAUCUUAACCAUGGUGAUCACUCGAACAAAAGGGAAAGAUUCGCACAAGCUUGGAGCGCUAUCCGCAGACUCAGCAGAAGUCAGUUGGGAAAGAAAUCAGACUAUGUGCACGAAUCUUAUACCCAGUGGGUUAUUGAUAGGACCAAGAGCUUUGGCCUACCCUACCGCUUACCUAGAUACCUAUCGUCCACCAUCCCACCAUCAUCCUUGCCUAUCCCCUUCGACACCAAGGAAGAGUUUCAUGAACAAUUAACCAAAGAAAGGCAAGAAAAAGAAACUUGGAAGAGGAGAUGCCAGGAGCUAGAGCAAGAGAAUGAGACUUUGAAGGGGAAGAUAGCCCAACAGAGCCGUGAGCUUUUUAUCCAGAACCAGAGGAUGAUUGAGAAGGACGACUUGCUUCGUCGGAAAGACGUUUUGCUCCACCAAGAUGCUAGAAGGAAGAGGAAGUUUAUGGACUUGUUCUCCCGUGCACAUUCAGAUUCCGAGGACCCAUCUACUCCGGGAGUUUGA